UCGUUUAAUUAGUCAGAGAUUGGCCUUUUGAAAUUCAAUAAGUUUAUUUUCGGCAAAAAAGGGAAACAAAAAAGCGAGAAUCAUGGGUAAAAAGGGUAAAGGUAAAGGAAAUAAGCUGGCCAAAAUGUCCGAAGAGGAAAGGGCCAGGUAUUUGCAAAUGAGAGCCGACCAGGAGGAGGAGACGAGACGCCGCAAAAUGCAGCUUAUUUCCAUGUACAUGAAGAACAAACUGAAAAGGGAGGACGCCUUCGGUCGCUUGAAUAUGGCCAAAAUCAAUCAGGAGUGGCGCAGCAUUUUGCGUCAGGUGAAGAUCCAGGAGUUGCGCCGUGAAAUUGUCGAGGUGGAGUCCUUCUUCCAGGAGGCUUUGAAGCGCAAGGAUCAGGUCAUCCAUCGCCUGAUUGCUCACAUUGAGUCCACCGAGGACAUGUACGCCAAUUUGCAGCAGUCGCAUAUGGAAAACGUCACAACAAUUGUUGACACCCACAAAGGUCGCAUUGAGUUCUUCCGAAGGAUCUACGAGGACGACAAGCAGGCGGUGCUAAGCCAAUGGGAACAGGACUCCACUGUUUUUAAGGAGAUGCACGCCCAGAAGCAGCAACAACUGGAGUGCGUUUUCUACCAACUGGAGGAAAACACCGACGGCGGCAUCAAGGACAACCACGAGCGCUUCCUCGACCGCUGCGAGGAUCUAAAAAGUGGGAUGCAACUUCAAUUGGAACAAAUCACCUCGAGGGGAGAGGCCAAACUGGAGAAGCUUUGGCAGGAGUAUCAGGCUGUUUUGGCGGGUUACUGCCAGCACAUCGAGGGUUUUUAUGCAGAGUACGUGGAUCUUAAGCAGCGAGAUGAGGAAGCAGCCCACCAGAUUAGUCAGCAAACCCACGAAAUCGAGCACCUGGUUGACCAACUGGCCAAUUUGCGUUUGGUCUCUGAAGAAUUCUACAUUAAGCAGCAGGGUCAAUUGGAGCAAAGGCAAACUAUUAAACAACAAUUGACUGAGCGAUUGAGGGAACUGCGUACUUGUGUGGAGCAAGAAGUAUCCCGGGAUCAUCAAGCAUUCAAGCUGAUGUCCGUGGAGAGCUACAAUGCCCUGGAAUUCCUACAGGAAACUGUGGCCAAAGGUGAAACUCUGGUCCAACUUUCGGCGGUCUGUGCCAAGAUGGAAACCCAAAGGGAAAGGAUGUUUCAGCUACCGGAAAUAUCUAAGGAGAUUAUCGAAAUACGCGAGAUCGAAGAUCAAGAAAGUUUAGCUUUAUCUGAUCCAGCCACAGAUCUUUUAAAGGACGAGGUCGCCUUAGUGCCCCAAAUGGAAACCUUUUGGCGGCGGGUCAACAAUGUUGCCGUGGAUGUGGCCUGCCUCAAGCAGCAGAAGCGUCGCCUGGAGGCGGAAAACAGUCAGCUGAAGGCGCAGCUGCAGGAAUACCUGGUGGAUUUAAACAUCGCCCAUGGCUCCAACAGCCAUAUCCACAAUUAUCUGGCCCGGAGGCCCAAGAGUAUGUCCGUGGACCGAGUGGCCCGUUUGCAACUGCAGCCGAAGCAGGUGAAAAGUGCCCUGCCCACCGGUCGCCGCCCACAUGCGCCCACUUUUCACCUUCAUCCGGGAAGAAAUUUAGUGCCUGCCUUUGAUGCCAAUUUCUCCAAUGUGGUGCGUUCAAGGAAUCUGGUUAGGGGUAAAAUGGAUUAAGCUAAAAGCACAUUAAAAAAAUAUUUUUAAAAAGUGUGAAAAUUGAGUUAAUCAGAGAAAUUUUGAUAGAAAAGUCUCAUGUAUUUGUA